GAGGGACAAAAUGGGAAAACGAAUAUGCUUAAGUAAUAUGCUGAACCGCCCGAUUUCACUACUACCAGAUUCUACCCUCCAAAAUGAUCGGACAAUCGCCGCCCAUCUAACUACCUCGACCAGCCCACGAGGGGAACAUUACCAAAGCGUCGUCCCACAAGCAAUCAUCACUUUAGCUUUGUCUGACCCUUUUGGGUUUGGAAAUAUCAUCGACUGCUCAAACACACACACACAUACACACUCAGUCGAAUUCCGAAGAAAUCAGCAGUAGGGAAGAAGAAAUGGGUUCGGUAGCAAAGAAGGGAUUGCAGAAAUAUGUGUCACAACUUCAGAGUCACCCCUUGAGAACCAAGGCAAUUACGGCUGCGGUUUUGUCAGGGAUUAGUGACACUGUUUCUCAGAAGCUUUCUGGAAUACCCAAGCUUCAGCUGAGACGCCUUGUUCUAAAAAUGCUCUUUGGAUUUGCUUAUCUUGGGCCAUUUGGACACUACACGUAUAUAUUACUGGAUAAAAUUUUCAAGGGGAAGAAUGAUUCCAAAACUGUUGCCAAGAAGGUGGUGCUGGAACAGUUGACAUCUUCUCCUUGUAACAAUUUGCUUUUCAUGAUUUACUAUGGGGUGGUCGUCGAGGGAAGACCCUGGGUGCAUGUGAAAACUAGAAUCAAAAAGGAGUAUCCCAAAGUACAGUUGACUGCAUGGACGUUCUGGCCGGCUGUGGGAUGGAUAAACCACCAAUAUGUGCCGCUGCAGUUCCGUGUUAUUUUCAGUAGCCUCAUUGCAUUUUGCUGGGGAAUAUUUCUGAAUCUACGGGCAAGAUCUAUGGCGUUGCCCAAGAGUGAAUGAAUGAUCGGAAACCUUUUGAUUCAUUUGGAUGAUUAAUAAUGCUAGCUUUGCAAUCCAUAUCAUAAGCUCAUUUUAUGUAGCUUGCAGCUUAUUCUGUGCAACUAUGAGCUCAUAAACAUUAAUGUAAAAUCUCAUUACCAACUAUCUUGGUGGAAAGUUUGAUUAGUUAAUUAGCUUGAUCUUGACUUCAGUGCUUUGCUAAGCAAUAGCAUUUCAGAAUCUAAGUUUCAUGCCACAGAAUCAUUUAUUGAAAUGGCUUGAUGAUGAUGUUAUGGCCUAAUAUUUCCUUUCCUUGCA